CAAAAUUUGCUCUUAUUAUUAUUAGUUUGUCAGAGAUGGCCGGAGGAGUUAUGGUGGCGCCUGAGAAAGGGAAGGAGUAUCCCGGAAAAUUCACCUGGAAAGUUUUCUACACAUGCUUCAUCGCCGCCUCCGGCGGUUUGAUUUUCGGCUAUGAUUUGGGAAUUUCAGGUGGUGUGACGUCUAUGGACUCUUUUUUGUCAAAGUUUUUUCCGGCGGUGUACAAGAAAGAGACGUCCACGGAUCCUUCGAACAAUCAGUACUGCAAAUUCGAUAGUCAGAUUCUGACUCUUUUUACAUCAUCUUUGUAUCUGGCGGCUUUGUUUUCGUCGAUAGUUGCGGCCACCGUUAGCCGGAAGYGUGGGCGGCGAAUUACCAUGCUUUUGGGCGGCAUUCUGUUUCUCGCCGGAGCUCUCAUCAAUGGCUUCGCCCAAUCCAUUUGGAUGCUCAUCGUCGGCCGUUUGCUUCUAGGUUUCGGCAUUGGUUGCGCUAAUCAGUCGGUACCAAUCUACCUUUCGGAGAUGGCUCCAUAUAAAUAUCGAGGUUCUCUUAACAAUCUCUUCCAACUCAUGAUCACCGUCGGCAUUCUCAUAGCCAACAUCCUCAACUAUGGUUUCUCCAAGAUCUCCGGCGGGUGGGGAUGGCGGUUGAGCUUGGGGGGAGCCAUGGUCCCGGCCCUGAUCAUCAUCGUCGGCUCCUUCACCCUCCCCGACACUCCGAGCUCACUGAUUGAGCGUGGUUGCCACGAAGAGGCCAAAGAGCUGCUCAAGGAGGUCCGUGGGGUGGACGAUGUGGAUGCCGAGCUCGCGGAUCUGGUUGCAGCCAAGGAUGCUUCAAAGCAAGUGAAAAACCAAUGGGUAGCUUUGUUCCAAAGCAAGUAUAGGCCACAGUUGACCAUGGCCAUUGCCAUCCCUUUCUUCCAGCAGCUUACUGGGAUUAAUGUCAUCACUUUUUACGCUCCGGUUUUGUUCAGAACUUUAGGGUUUGGAAACUCAGCUUCUCUGAUAUCGGCCGUCAUUACUGGAACUGUUAAUUGUUUGUCCACCAUUGCUGCCAUUUUGCUCGUUGAUAGGUUUGGAAGAAGGGUUCUUUUCCUUGAAGGUGGCACUCAAAUGUUCAUGUCCCAGAUUGUGGUGACUGCUAUGAUUGCAUACAAGUUCGGCGUGAAUGGGAUUGCGGGAGAAUUAUCGAAGGGAUAUGCUGGUGUGGUGGUGUUGUUCAUAUGCACCUAUGUUGCAGGGUUUGCAUGGUCAUGGGGACCUCUGGGAUGGUUGGUUCCGAGUGAAAUCUUCCCUCUAGAAGUCCGACCUGCCCUUCAAAGUGUGAACGUGUCGGUGAACAUGAUAUUCACUUUCUUGGUCGCUCAAAUCUUCACUGCCAUGCUUUGCCACAUGAAGUUCGGAAUGUUCAUCUUCUUCGCCUUCUUCGUGCUCAUGAUGAGCAUUUUCAUCUACAAGUUCCUUCCCGAGACCAAGGGCGUCCCCAUUGAAGAGAUGAAUGUUGUUUGGCAGAAACACCCCUUCUGGGGAAAAUAUGUUAACCCUAGCCCAGAAAAGCCCCAGAAUAUUUCUUCUACUUAGAUGCUUUUCUAGUGUUUUUUUCAAUAGGUUUUCCAGAGUUUUUAUUUGUUUGCUUAGUUAUUG